UCUUAAGGCCUUGCUCUGCACACUCUUGCCUGCCACCACCACCAUAGCAGGACCCCCAACAGGACAAGCACACCCCCACCACCACCACCUAAGAAACCAAGCCAACCCAGCCAUGCAGUUUGCAGAUGCCAAGCUGAGCCGCAGCUCCCUGCUGCUGAGUCUGAAGCUCUACAGCGCGGCGGUGCGCAACAUGGAGCAGACGGUGCUCAUCCCCAGUCUGCUGCGGGAGGUGCCCGCUGACGACGUGCUCUUGGCGGCCACGCACGACGAAGCCGCGGAGGAGGACGCCCGGGACCUGUACGAGUGCUACCUGAUGCUCAAGGCCAUCCGCAACACCGUGGACAGCGGGCUGGUGCACCCCAGCGACGAUGUCACCUCCGCCAAAGGCAAAGGUCAAGGUCGUACAGAAGGACUGUGGAAGGAGACGGAGGAGCUGGAGCUGGUGGCUGACCCCGAGGUGCUGUUUCAGUUCCACCUGAGGGGCCUAUUCUCUGUCAUGGGCCACCUCACCAAGACCUCUCAGAGCCUCACGGCCAAAUACAUGGACAUCAUUGGUAUUCUCAACUGAGGCCAUUGUCAUUGACUGAAAACUCAUGAGAACAGACGUUUGUGGGGAGAUAAGUUGUGAAAAAAGAUGAAUGUAACAUUUUUUUAUACUAUGAUUUGUCAUGUACCUGCCACUGUGCUUCUUACGGUAACUACACAAAUCCAUGUUUCAGGAAACAACCAACCCCUGAGAGCCAACCGGACCAGUCAACAUGUUUACAUAAGCUGUGUACUGAAGUAGAAGAGUUUGUGAAAGUGAAGUAAAGUAUGCAUAGUUGAA